AUGCCGCGGGCGGGUCCGCCAACAGCGGCCGACCGCCGGCGGGCUACCGAGCGCAUACGACGGCUCAGGGAGAGACGUACCGAAGAACGGCGCCAGGCCGAGCUGGAGCGACGCAGAGCGCAGCGGGAAGCCGACGAGGAGCAACGUGCAGCCGACGCAGAGCGCCUCCGUCGGCUGCGUGAAGACGACGACUAUCGCGAGCGGGAGCGCCAGCGACAACAGCAGCGCCAGCUGGACGAGGCGAACCGCGAGCGGGAGCGCCAGCGGCAGCAGCAGCGCCAGCUGGACGAGGACUAUCGUGAGCGGGAGCGCCAGUGGCAGCAGCAGCGCCAGCUGGACGAGGCGAACCGCGAGCGGGAGCGCCAGCGGCAGCAGCAGCGCCAGCUGGACGAGGCGAACCGCGAGCGGGAGCGCCAGCGGCAGCAGCAGCGCCAGCUGGACGAGGACUAUCGUGAGCGGGAGCGCCAGCGGCAGCAGCAGCGCCAGCUGGACGAGGCGAACCGUGAGCGGGAGCGCCAGCGAGACCAGCAGCGCCAGCUGGACGAGGCGAACCGCGAGCGGGAGCGCCAGGGGCAGCAGCAGCGCCAGCUGGACGAGGACUAUCGUGAGCGGGAGCGCCAGCGGCAGCAGCAGCGCCAGCUGGACGAGGCGAACCGCGAGCGGGAGCGCCAGCGACAACAGCAGCGCCAGCUGGACGAGGCGAACCGCGAGCGGGAGCGCCAGCGGCAGCAGCAGCGCCAGCUGGACGAGGACUAUCGUGAGCGGGAGCGCCAGCGGCAGCAGCAGCGCCAGCUGGACGAGGAGAACCGCGAGCGGGAUCGGGACAGAGCAGACCGUCGCCGCCGACAACGCCGCGCCCAGUCGCCGUCCCGGGAGGCGCGCCACGUCGCCGACGUCCUAUCCGGAGAGCUGGUCGUGCCGUCCAACACCAUCGGCGACAGGGAUCGCGUCUGCCAGCACUGCGGAGCUCUGCUGUGGCCGGCCGAGCGGGUCAGUCUCUGUUGUGCUGCUGGCAAGGUUCGGCUCGCCCCCUUGCCAGCUCCUCCGCCUAGCCUGCGGCAGCUGUGGACGGACGACUCGGCGGUCGCUCGGAUUUUCCGCAAGCAUGUCCGGCAUCUUAAUUCCGCCCUGGCACUGGCGUCACAGACCGUGCAGGAGGUGCGGCCACCCCCCGGUCACGGCGGUUACACGCCAUCUGUUGUGAUACAGGGCCGCCUGUAUCACCGACUGGGACCGCUUCGUACUCGCGACGGCGAAGUACCGAAGUUUGCGCAGAUUUAUGUGCAAGACCCACAGUGUGAAGAUCCGGAGGCGGAGGCCGCGCUGCAUCUCGGUCACGUUCGUCUCAGCGCCAACACUCCGGCAGCGACACAGCGCGUGCUCCUCGGCCUCCUGCAGCUGCUCCGAGAGCACAACCCGCUGGUCAGAGAUUUCAUCAUGGCCAGCGAAGUCCCGGAUGACCAGGUGGAACACCUGCGCAUGGUUCUCAGCGCCGAUGCGCGUCCAGCGGGAGAGCACGAGCGGCGUUACAACCGACCCGAUGGGUUUCAGGAAGUAUCGGUCCUGAUCGGCGAGGAGCCCGCCCACCGGGACAUCAUCCUGCGCCGACGCGCCGCCGGUGACGGAGGUGAUUUGGCCACCAUCAGCGAGUGCCACCGGUCCUACGAAUCCCUCCAUUUUGUGCUGCUCUUUCCUUUCGGGACGGACGGCUGGCACCCGGAACUGCCACAGCAGCGGCCAGACGGAGGUGGUCCGGCGCGGCGGGUGAGCGCUCUGCAGUACGCUGCCCACCGUCUGCAGACGCGCCCAGCUGAAGACGACUCGCAGCUGCGCGCCGGCCGUCUGCUGCAAGAGUACUGUUGUAUGGCGUUCAUCCGGGUGGAAACGCAGCGGCUGGUGUUCCUGGCCAUGAACCAGCGUCGCAUCCGGUCUGAGCUGUACCAGCAUCUGGUAGACGCCAUCGCUGGUGACGGCGAAGAUGCCGCUGCCGCCGGUCAGCCAGCAGAACACGGCGCAGGAGACGCUGCUGUCCCCGGACAGGUGCCCCAGCAGCGCAUCGGACGCCGCGUCAUUUUGCCGCCCAGCUUCAUCGGUUCACCCAGACACAUGCAGGGCAGGUGA